AUGCUAUGGAACAAGCCAUUUAGGCGUACCAAUCGUAUCGAAGUCGAGUGGAGGAGGAAUAUGCUCAUUCAAGAAGUGAUUGAAUUGGGCUACAGUUUUAUCUACACGGAUGUUGACGUUUUGUGGUUCCGGAACCCGUUUCCGCUACUCGGCCGAUAUGAUGCGAUGGUGAUGGCCCCAAAACACGCUUCCGACUCACAGAGCAUAACAAAGUCACCCGGUGGAGGGUUCUUUUACAUGCACUCGAACGAGAUAGCGCUUGAGUUCCUCAAACUCUGGAACUUUGAGAGAAUCUUAUACCCCGACUCAGAUACACAGUCUACCCUUGAGAUGAUCUUGCAGAGCAGCGACGAGUUCCUCGGAUUCCUCAGGAACAAAAUGAGCUAUCUGGACACGGUUGAUUAUGAGGAUUUUUGCCAGGGAAGCGUCGACUUGAGGAGAGUCUACAUUGCCCGUGUAAACUGCAGUACAGAAAGCGAACACAAGAUCCAUGAUGUAGAAAUCCUCCUCGACAGUUGGAAAAGCUUCACAAACAAGCAGCAUCAGAGCAUAAAAGCAUAA